AUGCCAAGCUACUUCCGCGAGAAAACAGACCUGAUAACCUGGGGCGAUCAAAAGGGCACCAUCUUCGCAGAGCCCAUCUAUCCAUCCGGUUGGCUAAUCCGGCCGACCACACCUGCAACUAUGAACAUUUUCGAUAUCGACGCGACCAAGGUGCGAGCGCUAAGCGAGAUAAACUCGCCCAUCGUCUUACGCGGGUUCAACGGAAUCAAGCCGCGUCAUGGGCUGAUUGCCAAGGCCAAUGAGCCAGGCAAGCCGCUGCCGUGA